GAUCAAUUCACCUCCGCCACGCCAAUUUCCUGCCAUCACACCGUGCUGUAGGCUUGUUACAGGUCGUCAACGUCGCACCGCUUGAGACGACACCUGAACACGACCAUCAGCAGCUUCUCAUCCUCCAAAACGAAACAUCCCUCCAUCGGUCCGAGUCACUGCCGUAUCAGUAGCCAGCAUGCUUCAAGGCCAGCGCCUAACGUGGCGAGCAGCUCUACGCCAUGUACCUCGUUCAGGUGCUUCAUUAUCGGCCUCGAGAGCUACAACCUCUCUGCGACCGUCCCAGUAUACAGCGUCCUCAUUGACACAAUAUCCUCGAAGAUGUCCGUCUCCGCCUGUCGCCCUCUUCGCCUCUCGUAGCUUCUCCACCACAUUGAGCCGACACAAGGAAAGGGACCCCAAGUCAAUACCGGAUCCACAAGAAGAGGUCAAGGAUGAAGAGAGCGAGGAACAAAAGAAGAUUCAGGAGGAAACUAAGGAGGUCGAAGGCAAGUCCAAAUCGCCAGAACCUAUCCCCUCCUCUAAUUCCAGCAAUGCGCGAGGCAGCGCUGCAGGCGAGGGGGGAUCAUCAGGUGGCGAUGGUGGCAGUGGGAAGAAGAAGAAGACAUCUGAACGUUCUCUUGUUAAACCAUCCAUACCAGAAGUUUACCCUCAAGUAAUGGCCAUCCCCAUCGGCAAGCGACCCCUCUUCCCUGGCUUCUACAAGGCGAUUACAAUCCGCAAUAAGGAGGUUGGACAAGCGAUUGCAGACAUGGUGAAGAGGGGACAGCCAUAUAUCGGUGCUUUUCUGCUCAAGGACGAUGAUGCAGACAAAGAUGUUAUCGAUGAUCCGAAUGAGGUCUACGAUGUGGGCACUUUCUGCCAGGUUACUAGCGCCUUUCCCGUCGGACCAGAUGACAACUUCGCGAUGACAUGCGUUCUCUAUCCCCACCGACGAAUCAAGAUGACUGACUUGAAACCCCCGGCCGCCGAUAAAGCACCCGAGACACCCCAGAGUGAACCUUCCGUUGUAGAGAGCACCCUUGGAGAGGAUGCAGUGAAGGAAUCGACUCCACAACAGACGGAAACAGAGGCUGAACAAUCCAAGGGCGACGUUGUAGCAAGCUUCGAGGAAGGUUCUGCUGAUGCUGAAAAGGCGCCACAGUACUACGAAGCUACUUCAUUCCUCAAGGACCGCAAGGUCAGCAUCGCAAAUGUUGAGAACCUUAUGGAGGAGCCAUUCGAUAUCAAGAACAACAGGACCAUCCCCGCGCUUGUCAGCGAGAUUGUCAACACAUUCAAGGCCGUUGCACUGCUCAACCCUCUCUUCCGCGAUCACAUUUCUACCUUCUCUGUUCAGACUACUAUGAACGUGGGGGAAGACCCUGUCAAGCUGGCAGAUUUCGCAGCUGCAGUUGCACAGGCUGACUCGCACGAGUUGCAGGAGGCACUGGAAGAAAUGAACGUUGAGCAGCGCCUGAGCAAGGCACUGAUUGUGUUGAAAAAAGAGCUCAUGAAUGCCGAGCUCCAGUCAAAGAUCGUUAAGGACGUCGAGACAAAGAUACACAAGAAGCAACGCGAAUACUGGUUAAUGGAACAGAUGAAGGGUAUCAAGCGUGAGCUUGGUAUCGAGUCUGAUGGCAAGGACAAACUGAUUGAACGUUUCAAUGAAAAGGCUACCAAGCUUGCUAUGCCCGAGGCUGUGAAGAAGGUCUUCGACGAGGAGAUCAGCAAGCUCUCCCACCUAGAGCCAGCAGCAUCGGAGUUUAAUGUUACCCGAAACUACCUGGACUGGUUGACACAGCUGCCCUGGGGCCAGCGUAGCGCAGAGAACUUCGGCAUCAAGCAUGCACGAGAGGUGUUGGACGAGGAUCACUACGGACUGAAGGAUGUCAAAGAUCGCAUUUUGGAGUUCAUUGCUGUUGGAAAGCUUCGUGGCACUGUAGAGGGUAAAAUCCUCUGCAUGGUGGGACCUCCAGGAGUGGGCAAAACGUCGAUCGGAAAGUCUGUCGCUCGCGCCCUCAAUCGCCAGUACUACCGAUUCAGUGUUGGCGGUCUGUCAGAUGUUGCCGAGAUCAAGGGUCACCGAAGGACAUACGUUGGCGCGCUGCCCGGCCGUAUCAUCCAGGCACUGAAGAAAUGCCAGACCGAGAACCCUCUCAUCUUGAUCGAUGAGGUCGACAAGAUUGGCCGCGGACACAACGGUGAUCCCGCCUCUGCUCUGCUAGAGUUGCUCGACCCUGAGCAGAACAGCAGCUUCCUCGACCACUACUUGGAUGUUCCUGUCGAUUUGUCCAAGGUCUUGUUCGUUUGCACAGCUAACAUGACCGACACCAUUCCCCGCCCUCUUCUGGACCGAAUGGAGAUGAUUGAGCUUUCCGGAUACGUCGCGGACGAGAAGAUGGCAAUUGCUGAACGCUACCUAGCCCCAACCGCCAAGGAAACCAACGGACUGAAGGAUGUCGAUGUUAUCCUCGAGAAGGAGGCUAUUGUAGAGUUGAUCAACAAGUACUGCCGUGAAUCUGGUGUCAGAAACCUCAAGAAGCAGAUCGAAAAGGUCUACCGAAAAUCUGCUCUCAAGAUCGUCACCGACCUCGGCGAAGAGGCCUUCCCUGAGUCGGAGGCUCUCACUGAGGAAGGCAAAGCUGCACAGAAAGAAUCAGAGAAAGAUACCUCUGACGUCAAGGAGACCCCCGAGACUAUUGAGAACGAAACUACCGAGGUCCCCCGCGUUGCUUUGAAAGUUCCAGACUCCGUUCACGUCAGCAUCAACAAGGACAACCUCAAGGAUUACGUCGGUCCACCUGUCUUCACCUCCGAUCGCCUCUACGACACGACUCCCCCCGGUGUCGCCAUGGGUCUGGCGUGGACAUCCAUGGGCGGUGCAGCCCUCUACGUCGAGUCUAUCCUCGAGAGCGCCCUCUCCGCCAAUUCGCACGCCGGCCUCGAGCGCACCGGAUCUCUCAAGAACGUCAUGAAGGAGUCCACCACCGUCGCAUACUCCUUCGCCAAGGGCUUAGUCGCGCGAGAGUUCCCCAAGAACAAAUUCUUCGAACACGCAAGGAUCCAUCUCCACUGCCCCGAGGGUGCUGUACCAAAGGACGGACCAAGCGCGGGUAUCACAAUGGCGACCAGUCUGCUCAGUCUGGCGUUCAACAAGCAGCUCCAGACCACCAUCGCCAUGACGGGUGAGCUCACUGUCACAGGAAAGGUGCUCAGGAUCGGAGGACUCCGAGAGAAGACGGUAGCCGCCAGGAGAGCCGGUGCGACCAUGGUCAUCUUCCCGCAAGACAACAUGUCGGAUUGGCUCGAGUUGCCUGAGAACAUCAAAGAAGGCAUCGAAGGCAAGCCCGUCUCCUGGUACAGCGAAGUCUUCAGCCUAGUCUUCCCGGACCUCGACCGCGACGCCGCCAACAAGCUCUGGGAGAAGGAGCUCAAGGGCAAGAAGGGCGACAAGAAGAAGUACAAGGAGAAGGCACGCAAGGAGGAAGAGGAGGAGGAAUCCGGCGAAGACGACGAUUGAGUCAAUACCGCCCACCCUUUCUUUUCCGCUUCCGCACCCGCACAAAUCUUUGGAUCUAGAGGAAGCGACCGACCGAUCGAUCAUCUUGUAACAACAAUUUAAAGCAUAGUUAUCCGGCGUCCUGGGACCAGGUGGACACAAGGGGAAAGCUUUUUUUGCAUGACAUAUAGUUAGCUAGCUCCCCGCAACCUCGAACGGCUGCACGUUUUUCUGCAUGCAUUUUUCCGGGACUUUUAACUUGAUUUACCACGAGGUUUUCCCAGAGCGAAAGACGAAAGGGACGACAUGAAUGGGUCGUUGGAAAACCAUUGAAGCGCGCAAAAACUCUCCUCUUUGACGACGGUAUAUAGAAAUCCUCUCUCCACAAGCAGAUGAAGUGCUCGUGGAGUUGAUUGUAAAGCCUUCUGUAGAAACAUACAAAUACAAUAAAGACAUC